AUGGAUAUUAUUGUUAUCUCACCAGAACUGUGUCUUGAAGGUCCAAGCGACACUCUGCCAUUGUUGAUGGAGCGACCCGGGAGCUUAAACGGCAGUCAGCAUGUUAUAGAAAUAGCUGGCAGUACGGAUGCCUCCACAGCAUCUGCGACACAUCAUGACAGGAAUUUUAAUGGCACAGAUGCUACACCGCAUGAAGAAAGAAUUGGCGGUGCAAGGACGCCUCUUUCUCAGCCUUCAGUUUCAGUCAGUAGCUUAUCUAAUGGGUCUAAUAAUAGGAAUUCCUCAUUCAUGAGACGAGGGGAUACUCGUCGGAAUAGGAGUCCUGUGCAUUCGGGGUUAUGGAUAUCAAUUGAGCUGGUCCUCUUAGUGAGCCAGAUUGUUGCAUCUGUUGUUGUUUUGUCUUUGUCAAGGCAUGAACAUCCACGUACUCCAUUGUUUCAAUGGAUCAUUGGUUAUGCUUCUGGAUGUGUUGCUACCCUCCCUUUGCUUUAUUGGCGGUAUUAUCAUCAUAACCAUAUAAGAGAGCAAGAUUCAUCUCAAUCAAGGCAAACAUCUCCUCGGAUUAAUGAUCCUUCAGGGACACUACUUUUCAGUUCCAGAACUAAUGGUGGAGAAGAGGGUCAGGCUGUUGCAUCCUCCAGAAGCAAUCAAGCUUCUGUGUUGAUGAAUAGAAGAAUGAAGACUCUAGUGGAAUACUUCAAAAUAUCCUUAGAUUGCUUUUUUGCUGUAUGGUUUGUUGUUGGAAAUGUAUGGAUCUUUGGGGGACAUUCGUCUGCUGAUGAAGCUCCUAACCUGUACAGGUUAUGUAUAGUGUUUCUUGCAUUUAGCUGUAUUGGUUAUGCUAUGCCCUUCAUUCUCUGUUCAACAAUCUGCUGUUGUCUUCCUUGUAUAAUUUCCAUCCUUGGGGUUAGAGAGGACAUGUCUCAAAACAGAGGGGCAACUUCAGAAUCUAUUAAUGCUUUGCCAACUUACAAGUUCAAGAUGAAGAAAAAUAAAAGAAAUGGCGAAGGCAACUCAGCUGAAGGUGGAGUUGUUGCUGCAGGAACUGAAAAAGAGAGAAUUAUAUCUGGAGAUGAUGCAGUUUGCUGCAUCUGCCUGGCAAAGUAUGAGAAUAAUGAUGAGCUGAGAGAAUUGCCUUGUUCUCAUCUUUUCCACAAAGACUGCGUGGAUAAAUGGUUGAAGAUAAAUGCAUUAUGCCCUCUUUGCAAGAAUGAUGUUGGUGAGAAUGUAACAGGAUUGGUCUCAGGAGAAGAUGCCAGCCAACAUCGGAGUGAGAGCAGGAUUGAGAAUGGUCUCACCAAUUCCUCAGUUUAG